CGACGAUCUUCUAGAAUCAACCUCCGAAGUCGCCGGAAACGAGUGUAAUCGAAUCGAUCCUCCUUGCAGGAAUUUAGCCAUCGCUCGUAGAGGAUGAUCGAUAGAUUGAUCUUCUGUCCUAUCUUCUUCAUGCUUGCUGUGCCUUGCUACAGCCAUGAAAGCUUGUCUGAUGGCAAAACUUUAUAUGCUGGGAAGGAACUAUGGAAGGAGACUCUGCCGUUGCAAUCUGGUUCUCGAGUUUACAGAUUAGAAGGGCUUAAAUCGAAUUCUUGGUAUGAAGUCAAGAUCUCAUAUCCAGCUUCUGUAUGUCACAAUCUUGUUCUUGACUUUUGGAAAAAAAAUUUUGUGUUUGUUGAAAGUCUCAUCUUUAGUUUUAAAUGGUUAAAGAUCCCGGCACUGUUCUCUCUGCAAUUAUUGAGGAAUGGUGAAAUGGGUUUGAAGAUUAAUCAUAUGAGGAGAUUACUAAACACUGAGAAGCUUAUUUUCAAAUCAGGGAGUCAUGAAGAAGUUAAUAACAAGGAAGGAUUGUAUGUUUUGGUGACUGUUGAACCUGAAGGAAUCGUAGCUAUACCUAAUUUCAAAGAACGGUCGUUCAUUAUUUACAACAUAGUUUGUGAAGAACUGCUAUUAGGCAUCGCAUACUCAUGCUGGUCAGUGGUGGUCUUAGUAGUAUUGUGUCUCGUGGCCGCGUUGAUUCUUCCCCGGUUUCUCCCAUCUUAUCUUCUAAUCAAAGAUGGAGAUCGUGAUCGUUAAAGCCACCUUGCCAAGUGCCAAGUUAAAUGAUAUCAAGAGGAAGCAUAUGGUUGCUUAAACAGGUGGUUUGUAUCUUCUUUCUCUUACAGCUGAUAGCUUCUUUAUGCUGUUCAUCUAACUUGGUUUGGAUUCAGUUGUAGUAGUAUAUUGGAUGAGUUAGGUAUUUUGGAUAUGUUAUGUUUCCUGGAAAUGUGACUCUGUGAAUGAUUCGACAUGUUUUUUUGGAGUAAUCUAAU